AAAGCACAAUUUAUAAAAGGCCUUAGUGUACAUGCAGCUCUUCCUAUAUAAUGCCAAAUAAUUUUUGUGUCUGGAAUUCUAACUACCACCAUCGAUUCUCCAUCUUCCAUGUAGUCUACGUUCAUUUUUAACAAUUCCUCUGAUCUGCAAGCUGCAACUUCCUCCAAUAUCCAUAAUUGUCACAAUCUACAACCACAAACUUUGGAAGCAUGAGCAUGCAAUAUUUUACACAAACUAACCUUUAUCAGCAAGUGACAUCUUAGAGGAUGAAAGAAGCGCCUUCAUAUGCUUCGUCUUUCGUCUUCAAUAUUUUUAGAAGGGUUUACAGGCAUGAUUUUACCAAAUUCAGAUUCAGAUCGUUCGGUAUUGGAAAAAAUAGUCUGGGUACUGCCAUUAUUUUACAAAGGAUUUAAAAAAGAUUUAGAAGUUCAGGAUCUCUACAAUGUAAACCAAUGUGACUUAUCGUCAAAACUAGGAAAUAAAAUUGAAAGGUACUGGGAAGACGAAUGUGAGAAGGCAAAGAGGGAAAACAAAAAACCCGAAUUCACUCGGGUGCUUAGGAGAAUGUUUAUGAAACCGUAUUCUUUGUAUGGUGUCGAGCUAUUUUUCCAGUGCAUGGUUUUAAAAAUGGCGCAACCAUUAGUACUAGCGAAAUUCAUAAAGUACUUCGAAUCGCCGAGAAAUGACCUUUACGAUGGUUGGUUAUGGGCGACGGGUGUGAUUGGUAUGGCAUUUAUCAAUGUUGUAAUUACGCAUCAUGCUGCACUUGGGCAGGCACGAAUUGGGAUGCAGUGCAGAAUUGCUACCUGUUCUCUGAUUUAUAGAAAGGUGCUUCGUUUAAAUAAAGCUUCGACUAACAAUACAACCGUGGGACCAGUGGUCAAUUUGUUAUCAAACGAUGUGCUUAGAUUUGAUUUUGUACCGCUAUUUUUGCAUUACAUCUGGAUAAUGCCUCUGCAAGCGAUAGUUGCAGGUAUUAUUAUGUAUGACAGUAUUGGAUGUGCGGCUUUUGCUGGACUGGCAGUUCUUACCAUACAAGCAGUGCCCUUGCAAGGAUACUUAUCUUACUUACAAGGGAAACUUAGACUUAAAAUAGCCAAUCACACAGAUUACAGAGUCCAGCUUAUGAGUGAAAUUACGGCCGGAAUACAAGUCAUCAAAAUGUACGCUUGGGAAAAACCAUUUGAAGAAAUGGUUAAGGUCGCUCGAAAGUUAGAAAUGGACGUUAUGGCUAGAACAUCUUAUAUCCGUGGUUUUUUAAUAUCAUUAACAGUCUUCAGUGACCGUUUCUCUCUAUUUUUGACUAUUGUAACUUACGUACUUCUCGGAAAUGCUUUAACUAGUGAUAAAGUUUUUUCAAUGGCGCAGCUUUUCAAUACCGUUCAAUCGUACAUGGUGGUACUUUACCCGUUUGCGAUGUCGUUCUUCGCCGAAGCAAAAGUGUCAGUAGAAAGGGUUGAGAAAUUUCUUUUGCAAGACGAAGUACACACAACCCAAGUAUCGAGCCGAACAACUAAUAUUGACGGGUCCGUACAAACUGGUUUGAUCAAGAUUAGUGGGGCAAACGCAAAUUGGGUACCCGACCCCAUAGCUGAUACUUUGAGUAACAUAAAUUUGACCAUCGCACCUGGGACACUGUGUGCUGUUGUGGGGACAGUAGGCGCCGGAAAAAGCUCAUUACUAAGCCUAAUUGUGAAAGAACUUCCCCUAAAUACUGGAUUGUUAGAGGUACACGGAAGUGUAUCAUACGCCUCACAAGACCCUUGGCUUUUUACAUCAACAGUUCGCAAUAAUAUUCUUUUUGGGUUGCCAUAUAUAACAAAUAAAUACAAAAACAUCGUAGACGUAUGCGCUUUAAAGAAAGAUUUUGAACUACUUCAAAAUGGCGAUCGAACUUUAGUUGGAGAAAGAGGAGUGUCGUUAAGUGGUGGUCAAAGAGCACGUAUUAAUUUGGCCCGUUCAGUCUACAGAGAGGCUGAUAUUUACUUAUUUGAUGAUCCUUUAUCUGCCGUCGAUGCGCAUGUUGGAAAACAUCUUUUUGAUGAAUGUAUAGUAAAGUAUUUAAAAGGCAAGACCAGGAUUUUAGUUACUCAUCAAUUGCAAUUUCUGAAACAAGUCGAUACUAUAGUGAUAGUUAAUAAUGGAAAAAUAGAAAAAAUUGGAACUUAUGAUGAAUUACUAAACGAGGAGUUGGCCCACUUGCAAUUUGAAACGCACGAAGAAUCAAAUACAACUACGCCAACUUUAGUGGCGGGACAUUUGCGGCGAGAGAACAAUGCUGACAAAGAUGAAGAAGAUGAACCGCAAGAAACCCAAGAGUUGGUGGAAAAAGGUGCUAUAUCAUCUUCGUUGUAUUUGGAAUAUGUGCGGGCAGGAGGUCCAAUCGUAUUGUUGCUGUUUUGCUUAUUUAUGUUAAUUAUUUCUCAAGUAGCUAAUAAUUCUACAGAUAUUUGGUUAUCAAAAUGGACAAAUGCGAAAGAGAAACACAGCUUACUCGCCGUACCGGUCGAAACAUUAGUUUCAACUAUACCGCCAAACCUAGUUCUUAAAAUUAGAGACAAUAAUACUAUGGAACAAUCUCACAGCACAACUACCACAAUGGUCGAAAAUGUAUAUUCCGAUUCAACUUAUAUGUACGUUUACUCGGUGUUGAUUCUAUCAUCAAUGUUGUUAACCACGCUUCGUUCGAUGCUGUUUUUCAAAAUUUGCAUAAACGCAUCCAAGAAUCUACACAAUAUUAUGUUUAGCAACGUUUUAAAAGCUAAGAUGAGGUUUUUUGACACCAAUCCAUCAGGUAGAAUCUUGAACCGUUUUUCAAAAGACAUGGGGGCAGUUGAUGAAAUACUUCCCAGAGCGAUAUUGGAAACAAUUUAUAUAUUUAUGGUGUUGACUGGAAUACUCGUAAUAGUAUUUCUAGUGCAACCGUGGAUGAUAGUCCCUACUGUCAUAUCGGCGAUUUUCUUUUAUAUAGCAAGGGUAAUUUAUCUGGCUAGUGCUCAAAAUAUUAAACGUAUAGAAGGAAUUACGCGCGCUCCUGCCUUCUCGCACGUAUCAGCCGCACUUUCGGGAUUAGCGACAAUAAGAUCAUCAGGCGCUGAAUCUAUGAUCAUCAAAGAAUUUGACUCAAUACAGGAUCAGCACACAUCGGCUUGGUUUCUCUUUUUAACUACGAGCGAAGCUUUCGGUUUCUAUUUGGAUCUUAUUAGCGUUAUAUUUCUAAUAGUUCUGACAUUCCAAUUUCUAAUUUUUAACGAUGAAACAACACUCGGUGGCGACGUUGGUCUAGUAAUAUCACAAUCACUAACUUUAACUGGUCUACUGCAAUAUGGAGCUAGGCAAACUGCAGAAGUUGCGAGUCAAAUGACCAGUGUAGAACGAAUUGUGCAAUACAUACGUGUGGAUAAAGAGGAGGCACUUUCAUCGAAAAAACCUGAGAGAGAUUGGCCAAAACGUGGAGAGAUUGAAUUUGAAAACGUAAAUUUGUCAUAUAUUGGCGGUGAACCCGUACUGAUCAAUUUAUCUUUUACUGUUAAAUCUGGAGAAAAGAUUGGAAUCGUGGGCAGAACCGGAGCAGGGAAAUCAUCCUUAAUAGCAGCUUUAUUUCGAUUAGCUUCGACGGAAGGUGCAAUUAAAGUAGAUGGUGUGAAUAUUGGUGAUAUUGCCUUGCAUGAUCUGCGUAGCAAAAUUUCAAUUAUUCCACAAGAGCCAGUACUAUUUUCAGCAUCACUAAGGCAAAACUUGGAUCCAUUAAAUGAAUGUGAUGAUAACGCACUGUGGACAGCUCUAGAAAAUGUUGAAAUGAAACAAAUGGUAGAUGAUUUGAGCAUGGAAGUCAAGCAGGGAGGUUCGAAUUUUAGUAUUGGACAAAGGCAAUUACUUUGUUUAGCACGAGCGAUAAUUAAAAAUAAUAAAAUUUUAGUUAUGGAUGAAGCUACAGCAAAUGUGGACCAUCAAACUGAUUCCUUAAUACAAAACACUAUUAGACGCAACUUCAAAAACUGUACAGUAUUAACUAUAGCUCAUAGAUUAAAUACGGUUAUGGAUUCCGACAAAGUGCUGGUAAUGGAUGCAGGUGAAGCUGUUGAAUUCGGACACCCACAUGAACUUCUUCAAAAUCUGAACGGUCACUUUGCGAAUAUGUUGAAGGAAACAGGAACAGCAAUGGAAAAUAAACUACGUCGGAUAGCUGAAAAUUCUUAUAAGCAUUAGAUUUGGAUAAAAAUAAAGCAAUCUCGUUUCA